UAUAUGCCGACUAUUUCAGCUGCCGCCUCUGCGCCAGCCGCGAAAUCCUGCGCGCCGUCGUGCGUCUUCCUUCUGGAGAUCCGAGUGCUCCUCGCCGUCACCGAGACUCCGCGUCACCGCCGCUCCGCGCCGGCGCUGAGUUCUGCUGUUGGACCGGUUUGCUGUUUGGCCGUUGCACGUAGCUGCAGCGGUCUGCACGGUAGAAGGUAUGCGGGCUCCAAUAGUACCCGCUACCUUGCUACUGCUGGCGUUUGCACUGGAGUUAGACGCAACAAGACGCAAACAGAAAGACAAAGUUGUUCAUACCACAAUAAAUAUAUGCGACAUAAGUGAUCGAGACUCGAAAGUACAUUGUUACUGUGAAAUAAGUCAAGAUAUAAACGAAGCUGUAAAAACUGAAUGUUGGGUAUUCAACGGUGGAAUUGAAAAGUCAGAUAUUCUGUGGUCUAGUUUUACAUCGCAGUCUAAUAUAGAAAAUUUAGCUUUCAACGUACGAGCUGAUGGAGGACUUAAUUUCGUACCCACUAAUGUUCUACUAUAUCUCAAAAAACUGCGAACUUUUAGUAUUAAGUAUAGCUCUAUUGUAAAUAUUGAAAGUUAUUCGUUUGUUAACCUAACUAAUGUACGAGAAAUAACAUUAACGAAGAAUCAAAUAGUUAACGUAGAAAGACAUACGUUUUAUAACUUGCCUAAUUUGACUGUUCUCACUUUGGAUGAGAAUAAAAUUACAAGAUUAGUUUCUGAGACAUUCUACGAACUGCCUAGUUUACACAAACUUUACUUAACGAGUAACAACAUAAGUGUUAUCGAAGAUGGUACAUUCAGGCAUCUUGUAAACUUACUAGAAUUAGAGUUAGAUAGGAACAAUAUAAAUGAACUGAAGAAGGAAUGUUUUGAUGGACUGGCGAAUCUGAAACGUCUAGACUUGAGGCGAAACAAAUUGACUGUUUUAAAAUCAUUUACAUUCACCGAGCUUUGGAAUCUACAAGAGUUGCUGCUGGAUUAUAAUGAAAUUCAUGCGUUAGCACAAAGAACAUUUGAUGGACUGUCUCUAUUGAAGAAACUGAGCUUAAGUCAUAAUAAACUGAUUGCUCUGAUAAGUGGAUUGUUUGAAGGAGUAAGAGGUCUAUCUGCAUUAGACUUAAGAUAUAACAAACUGAAGAGAUUCACAUUGGAUAAUGUUAAACCUAUUUAUGACAAUUUGAAAAAUCAGAAGAGCUACAUUUAUUUGGAAGGUAAUGAUUUCGACUGCGAUUGUCAUCUUGCAUGGAUGCAUAAACUACGUCACGAAGCCAGAAGUAUAAAAGUUCGGACAUCGCUUGAGAACUUUGUCUGCAAAUUCAACAUCGAUCCUGCAAUGAACUCUCAUUUGACUUACUACGAAAAAUCUAUUGUAGAUACGAACAAUAUAUUUAUAGAUGAAAAACCUCCGGAUAAGGAAUAUAAAGAUUCAGAUGAUGUACAUGAUGAUUUAGAUGAAGAAUUUAUUGAAGAACCAAAGGUGAUUAAAAAAGAAAAUGAAAGAACUCUAUUGCAGAUACCAGUUGAACUGUUACCCUGUCCUGCUGCAGUAAAGAGUGUUACGGAUAGAACGUAUACUUAUCCAUCACAAAACGAAGCCAAAGAUUAUAGAAAUCUAAUCCUCACAUCAAAGUCAAACAAAUUCAAUCUAUCUCUCGUUACUCUUUGUUUCAAUGUAAUAUUUUUAAUGUAA